UCCAGAAUGCAUUCCACAUUUUAAGACAAAAUGUGUUUUUGACAUAGCCUUUGUUUGAGUGUGAAGAGACUGUUUGUCAACAACAACUUCUUACAGAGGAAUUAUUCAUUUAGCUUUGAGCAUUCGAGGUUUGCGAAAUAUACUUAGAUGAAUCUAUAAAUACACUUAUUAUUUUUCGUUUGCAGAUGGCUAAAACAAAAAAGAACAUUAGGGAGAAAAGGUACACGGAAGAAGGUGUACAAAAAUGUUUAAAUUUGAUCAGGAGCGGAAUAUCUUUCCGUAGUGCAUGCAUACGCUUUGGAAUACCGCGAUCAACUAUAAAAUUCCGCAUGAGUAAAAAUUACAAGCAACAAAUUAGAUCCGGACCACCUACUGCUUUUCGAUCGGAACAAGAAACAGAACUGGUUAAUUGGAUAUUAAAGAUGGCCCGGAAGGGUUUCCCAGUUACUAAGUACCGAUUAAUAAAUAGUGUGAUGAAUUAUCUCGAACAUAAUCCCAAUAUGAAUGUCUUCAAAAACGGCAAACCAAGUAAAUACUUUUUUUCUGCUUCCAUAAUAAGACUCACGGUUUGUAUUACCAACAGAAUACUACAGCCCCUUGAUGUUGCGGUAUUCAAAGCUAUGAAAAGUUCAUGGCUUAAAGUGGUAGAUGAUAGGAAAUGUUUAGAUCCUAAUAAAUAUUUAAAAACAGAAAAUUUUGCUCCGCUUCUUGCGAAAGCUAUUAAAUCAGUUGAGAGUAAAAUAAUACAAAACGGUUUCAAAGCGUGUGGACUAUAUCCAUUCAAUGAAAAUAAUAUCGACUACAGUAAAUGUUUGGCGCACAGUCGUCCAGUUGGCGAAAAUUUUGAGAAUAAAAGGACGGAUACUCGACAAAUUACUUCACUAACAUUUCCCAUUGUACGAUCGAAAGCUGUGGAAAUUUUAACAUUGAUAGGGCCCGACCGUAUAUCGCUUUACAAAAGAAAUAAUUCUGAUGAUUUUCCAUCUGAUGAAGAUAAAAUUCUUGCGCGCGUGUAUAAGCUUCUUGAACCCUUGGAUUCGUCUUCGAAUAUGAAUAUUCCUGGAAAUAACUGCAUAUAGAGCCAAACAUGCAUAUUGCAGAAUUUGUCAAUCUGUACAAUGUGGAAUCUGUAACAGAGGGAGAAUAUUUGGACAAACAAGAGUCAUAUGAAAGCGGAAUGUUGGACUUUUAUCAGUCGACCAGUGAAGAUCCACUGAAAGAAUGUGUUUCAGAUUUAAAUAUUAUUCAACAAAACAAUUUAACUGAUGAAAUCUGUGAGAAUAUUUCACAAAUUUCGUUGUCUCAAUUUUAAACGUCACCAGAAACGCCACAUAGAACCGGGAACAGACGCUUUAAACAUCGAAGCCCAGCUGUUCUUACCUCACGCCGUAGACUACAAUAUCA